AUGCAGGGAAGGCAUUGCGCCACAGCGCCUGGCUACUUAAGGGAUCAACGGUGCCCACUCCCGCUGCGACGCCUAGGGCUACACGCACCCCAAACAUCGUUUCUGAAAACCAUUCCGGAUAUCGACAUUGGUUUUACGACCGCACCUGUGGCGCAACAUAAUGCGUACAAAUUUUCGGUGGGUCAUGGGGUGCUACCCUUGUUGAGAACUGAACCAGACGAGGCGAAGACCGGUAAUCAGGUUGCUUCGGUAUCAGUGGAGCAUCGGAAGGAAUGUACACCUUCUGGGAGCUACGAACCAGUCGUACCGGAAGUUCCUACGUCGUGGUCGUCGAUCCUGUCAAGCGAGCGCGAUGUAGUGCUGGAUGCGCUGCAAUCGCAAUGCCACCCCAUUGCAUGCCUGGCUGGGGAGCGAUAUUGGACCCAGACGCCAUCGCCUGUGGAUAUCGAUAUGACAAGGAAGUGUAGAAACUGUGGAGGGAUUAUUCGUGGUCGAGGUACAGGAGUCCCAAAGAACGCCCGGUGCGUCAACUGCAAGCAACUCGGUAGUUCAAAGGGCUGUACCGUCUUCUCCGCUCAUGAAUUCGCCGCACCCGAUGCAAAAUUGGGCGAGAUGGCACCUACACCGGCAUACAACCGGGCAGCUCGCAAGGCCGUCGUGCUAGAUUGUGAAAUGGUCGGAGUUCUCGGAGCCGAUGGCCGCGAAUGCAGCGAGGUUGUUCGUCUCAGCGCGGUCGAUUUCUUAAGCCGCGAACUCAUAAUUGACACCUACGUCUCUCCGCAGGGCCAUGUAAUAUCCUGGCGAACAAAGUUUAGCGGCGUCAAUCCAUCCGUUCUCGCGGAGAAGACGCGAGAGGGGAAGUUGAUAAAGGGUUGGCGAGCUGCAAGGGAUCUUCUAUGGCAGUUCAUUGAUGCACGAACUGUACUCAUUGGGCACAGUCUUAAUAACGAUCUUGCUGUCCUUGGCAUGAUACACACCCGCAUUGUUGACUCGGCUAUCAUGACGCGGGUUGCGGUGGGUGAGGAUUGCCAGCGACAUUGGGCGCUGAAAACGCUUUGUCAUCAGUUGCUUGAUCGCGAAAUCCAAGCUGGAAAUGAUGGUCAUGAUUGUGUUGAAGAUACGUAUGCAGCGCGUGAGGUUAUAUUAUGGUGCUUGCGGAAUGCAUUCAAGCUCCAGGCUUGGGCAGCUGAAGAACGGAGAAUCAUUGCGGAGAAAUACAAAAAGAAGGAGGUCCUUGUGACCAAGGCGAUAGAGGUGGCAUCGAUACAUUGA